AGCGAUGGCGUCUGCAGCGAAGAGACCGAGAUCGGCGAAUUACUCUGUGGAACAGGAUUUAGAAAUAAUAUUUGCGGGAGAUGAAGAUCAUUUGGGAAUGUCUAGUGACGAGGAAAGUGAAAUUGACCGAGAACUGGAUUACCAGAGCGGAAUUUCAAGUAGUGAGGAACAAGAUCAAGAAGAAUUUGAAACAGAAGAAGAGGAGGGGAUGGGUUUAGACAGUUCUGUGGAUGUGCCUGAGGCUACUGCUCCUGGUGGCUCUGCUGCUUCUGCUGCUGUACCUAACCCUGUUGCUGCCCCUGCCCUUCCUCCUGUCGUUGUUCCUGCCCCUGCUGCUUUUCCUGCUGCCUCUGCCGCUGUUCCUGGCCCUGCCCAUGUCCCUGUAGCAUGUUGUCACACUGCUCGUGCCCCUGCUCCCCCCCUGUUGUACGUGGUAAUGCCCGUGGCCGUGCCUAACGUGGAGGUCGUGGUGGUAACCAUUGUAAUGGUGCAGAUGCAGCUUCUGAUCCAGGUAAUGUUCCGUACAAAUCCUAUGAGGAUCCAGAUGUAGGUAAUAACCUCCCUGAAUUCAAACCUCCAUGCCCGGUAGGUAUUAACUUUGAGCAACGUGUUCUU